AUGCAAUACUCUACUAUCGUAUCUGUUGCUUUGGCUUUAGUUUCUGCUGCUCAAGCUGGCUACGUCAGACCAAGACCAAUCACUGAACCAGACUGCGAACCCACCACUACCCCCUGUGAGCCAACCACUGCUCCCUGUGCACCCACCACUACUGCAUGCUGUCAAGACAGUGAUGUCACUACUUUCAGUGGUGAGUUUGCGUUAGGUGUCAAAGAGUUGUGCAAUGACGAUGAUGCGAUCUACUUGGUGUUUGAAUUGCCAGAUGGUCAAUUGGAACAUAACGGAGUUACAGUUGAUUGCGGAUGUCACACUACCACUAGCACCACACCAUGUGCACCAACCACCACCCCAUGUGUUGAGCCUGAACCAAUUAGCGAUUGCGAUGACAAGAAGAAACGUUGGUACAAACCCAAGCCAAAGCCAACCCCAAAGCCAACCCCAUCGCCAUACGGAUUGUCCAGCUUGUGUCAUCCUUACUGUUCCAUUACUGAAACUUCCGACUGUACUACUGACUUCUUCACUUUAUGUGAUUCCAUUUUGAAGGAUGGUAAAUACAGAACUGGAGAGAUUGUUGCCAACCACCAAUUCCAAUUUGAUUCACCAGUCCAACCAGAUGCAUUGUACAACAAGGGAUGGUCCAUUGAAUACAAGGAUGAUUAUUACUUGUUGGCAUUGAAUGGAUGCACCAGCUUUUGGGAAUGUCCAGUUGACGAUUGUGGUCUUUGGAAGUUGUAUGAUGCAUCAAUUGAUUCCAAGUGUAAAGAGAUUGAAAUUGUGAUUAUUUUCAAAGAUGAAGAGUGUGAUUAG